AUGUUUGGUAACAACAAUAACAACAACUCUGGUUCGCCAAACAUUGAUCCUUGGACAAUGACAUCAAAGUCGAAUGGCCCCACUUGGACCCCAUCCACCUUUGUACAUCAACCAAACUUUGAUCCCAAGAAGGUGCCAUCGUCCAUCAAGAACUCGCAGUUUGUCAACAUCACAAACCCGUCCAGCAACGAGGACCCAUGGGCCUCACCCGUCGUUGUCCCCAAUGUCGGCUUCAACAAAGCCGCAAUAAUGCAGCUCAAGAAGAAAGAAGAAAUAGUUCUUCAUGUUGUACAGCCACAGGUACAGCCUCAGGCCCCGCCCCAGCCUCAGCCACAGGCUCAGCCACAACAAUUCACACAGCAGCAACAACAGCAGCAGCAACAACAACAAUCUCAGGAUGAGGAGAGUGAAGAGGAAAUCAAUCAGAGCAGAUACAAGACCGAGUUGUGUCGCUCGUUCAUUGAGACUGGCUCCUGCAGAUAUGGCUUCAAGUGCCAGUUUGCUCAUGGACGCGAUGAGCUUAGAUCGGUGGUCCGACAUCCAAAGUACAAGACAGAGACAUGUAAAACAUUCCACACAAUAGGCAGCUGUCCCUACGGCUCGCGCUGUCGUUUCAUCCACUCGCUCCCUGAGAGCGGCAAGGGUCCUGAGUUGCAAGUGGUUCAGCAACAACCAAUGGUUGGCGAACAUCCUGCUGCCUCGGUGUCCCCCAAGCAACAGAUAAUGCAGCAUCAGCAGCAGCAACAUCUGAUGCAACAACAACCAUCUCUCCUUCAACAACAACAAUUCCAACAACAGUACCAUACUCAACAACAACAAUAUCAUCAACAACUUCCAACAAAGCAACAACCAGUACAAUUCAUUCAUCAGCCUGCCGGUGCACCGAUCACUUGGACUGAUUCAUGGGGCGCUCCCGACGAGUCUGCUGCACAGAUGCAGAUGCACAUGAAGCAGAUGCAGAAGCCAAAGGAGUUGCAGCAAGUCGCCGCACCACCUGCCGCCAUUAGUGAGGAAAACAGCAAAAGAAGACUACAAAUCUUCCGCUCGAUAUGCUCCUCCAACUCCAAUACCUGGGAGUAA